AUGGAAGAUUCACUGGCAGAGGCAGAACUAGAUCCCGGUGAUGCCCUCGCACGGAUACAGACAUUCGAUGCCUCGCCGGAGGUCCCGGCGAGGGUGGUAGCAGCUCACUUUGCGCAGUUUGGGCAGGCUUCUGCGUUGGGUCUUCCGGCUGACUUGCGCGGAGCGCUCGUAGGCGCGGUACCGGAGACAGAAGAGGACUUCGAGAAUAUGGCGGAGGUUCUAAAGGGGCUGGACAUCCUCAGCGAGAUGGAAAGCCAGCGGGAUACCUUGAUAAGAGAGGUGACCGACUCUCGUCUGGGCUUGAGGUGGAAGACAGGCGAAUAUGGGGGAGAAAUGAGGGCACCAGAGUGCCCUGAUAUCUCCCGCCUUGAUAUGCCCCGCCGAGAGCCCCAACGUGACCACGCCGUCUGGUUGCGACAAUUUCACAUUGAUGUCAACCUCGCGGAAAAAGUCAGCAAGUUUCUCGAGGGGCGCCUCAGCCCUGGAUAUUCACCCCGCCCUCCGCAAGUCCCAAGAUACUGGGCGCCAUGUCCCAAUCAAGGACAGGCAGGCGUCGCUGCCCACAGUGACCCUAAGGAGAACAGCAAGCAAGCUCUGGCCGCGUCCGCUCCGAACGUCCAAGAUCUAUUUAACAACCCCAAGACACCCCGCGCAUCGCUGGAGGCCGAGAGGGUGCGGCGGGAACAACUGGCCAAGGCGGCAAGCCGACAACAGCAGGACAAGCGGAAAGAGAACAACAUUCCUUGGUCUAGACCGGCAACGCCCCUAGAGCCUGACUUCUGCCUGCGGGCUGCUGCUCCCUCGAUCAACUACGGCCGUGGCCCCGACGAGGCGCCUGUAGGGACUUGGACGCCUGGAUCGAUGGGCCCGCCGCCCCGCCAGCGACUGGCGCCUAGGGACAUCCGGCGACCGUCAUACGAGCUCAGCCUGAGUCCUAUCCCCGGAUCCGUCAGAGGCGACGUGAGCGAGGACGAAGACCGCCGGUCGCAGAAGCCCUCGAGAAUCCCGCGCCCUUUCGACCCGCACCAAAAGAGUGCUAGCAGGCUGGGACCAAACGCUGUGCAUGGCGUCCACGAGCUUGGAAUGCAGCUGGCACGCCCUACAUCUUCCGUCUACUCGGGAGAUCGAAGCAGCGACGCAGCAACUGUCAUUGUCACAGACGACCCGUACAGGUUAAACUUUCAGCUUGACCAACACCCACUCUCGAACAGCCACCGUCGCGCAUUGUCCGAGAACGACGAUAUGACUUCGGGCACGGCCCCAACCGCAGUUCUUCCUGCACCACAGCCGUCCAUCCCGUUUCUAGAAGAGCCUGUCACCGUUUCAUUUGGUAGAACACCUCCAGAGACCCCGAGUAAUAGAGCGAGACAAGCAGCCAUUGCGAUCGACGAGAAGAGUGGUGGAACGGCGAGCAGCGGUGAGACUUACGACAGUCUCAAGAACUCUAGGCUUCAAGCCCAGGCUGUAAACGCCAGGCGCCUUUUGUACCAGUCCACAAAUCAACGAAUCGCAGACACGAAGCGCCCCAGCGGUGGCCAAGCAGGCCUGCCAAUCGUCAUCACGAGUUCAGCAUCGUCACCUGGGAAGCUGUCCGACCUCUCAGCGUCACCACACAGUCCACGGGAGCCUUCUCCUUGCCCGAAAAUAAAAGAACCUAGUGCGCUUGGUACCCAUUCUCGGACAGUGUCGGAUGAUCGUGCGCCAAGUAGGCUCGGAGGUCGGCGGGAGGACUCGGGGCGCCCCGCCCUUGUCGAGCAUUCGGAAUGGAGGCGCCUCCGUUCCACGACCCCCGACCCCAUGGCAAGACUGGAGGCAUCGGAGCUGCAGCUGGACGCCGUCGCACGCCAGCGGCAACUUACAGACAGCACUGCCAAAGCGGCUGCGAAGAGGGCGGAGCAGGAGAAGGAGAGACUACGGAUCCGGGAUGAGCAGCGCCUGUGGCAAGACAGCCUGGCUAGAGUGAAGCGAAGCAUCGACGUUCAGCGGGGCCAGAGGAGCAAAGACCAUUCUAACCUGUUGGCUUCGCGACCCUACGAGAAUCUUGGAGACACGAGCCUCUCGUCUGACGCGAAAGUGAGCGAGGGAAAGAAGGAAAGGGCGGAGGGAAAAGAAGACAACGGCGGGGCCGCCGACAAAAGCAGAGCGAGGAGGCUUUUGUCGAAGCUCAAGAACAGCCUUCGUGGCAAGCGAGCGGUCACCGCGUUUACCAAGCUGAGAACAGGGCGCGAGACGCCCACGCCCGAGCUGCAGUGGAGGGAUGACACAACAAAGGAGAACAUAUGUCCGAUGACGCAGGGGCAGUCGCCGCCGCCGCUCCCGCGCCCAGCACUGCCGAUGGGCUUCCGCUUCGUCACUCACAUCAACCAGCCACCGACGCUCCCGAGGCUUGGGGCCGAGCAACUGGAGGCGUCGCGGCCCAUGCGGUCGCUCCCCAACAUCCGGGACCAGGCCCACCAGCAGCGCCAGCCGCGCGGCCAGAGACCGCCGCUGGCCAUGAUUCCGAGCGUGGGGGACAUGGAGACGUUUGAUGACGAAGCCAAGGGGCCGGAGUCACCGAGCGAGGAGCGUCGCCGCCGGCGUGACUCUACGCGUGCCAGGAAGGGCGCUGUUUGA